AUGCCUCGCGAAAUUAUCACCAUCCAAGCAGGCCAGUGCGGUAACGCAAUCGGCUCCCGAUUCUGGCAACAACUAUGUCAAGAGCAUGGGAUCUCUCGCGAUGGAAACCUCGAGGACUUUGCUACCGAAGGCGGUGACCGCAAAGAUGUCUUCUUCUACCAGAGCGACGACACACGUUACAUCCCUCGAGCCAUCCUCAUCGAUCUCGAACCACGAGUCAUCAAUAGCAUCCAAAGUGGCCCCUACAAAAACAUCUACAACCCGGAGAAUUUCUUCAUCGGCGAACAUGGCAUGGGCGCAGGGAAUAACUGGGCGGCAGGGUACGCGGCGGGCGAGAGGGUUCAAGAGGAGAUUUUUGACAUGAUUGAUCGGGAGGCUGAUGGCAGCGACUCGCUCGAGGGAUUCAUGCUCCUCCAUUCGAUUGCCGGGGGUACUGGAUCGGGCCUCGGGUCAUACCUUCUCGAGCGCAUGAAUGAUCGGUUUCCCAAGAAGAUUAUUCAGACGUACUCAGUGUUUCCAGAUACUGCGACGGGCGACGUGGUGGUGAAUCCUUACAACAGCUUGCUCACCAUGCGGCGGUUGACACAGAACGCCGACUGUGUCGUGGUCCUCGAUAAUGGUGCGCUAUCCAGUAUUGCAUCAGAAAGACUGCAUGUUCAAGAGCCUUCGUUUCAGCAGACGAAUCAACUAGUCUCGACAGUCAUGUCAGCCUCUACAACGACGCUGAGAUAUCCUGGAUACAUGCACAAUGAUCUAGUUGGAAUCAUCGCGUCUCUGAUUCCUACACCGCGGUGCCACUUCCUGAUGACCGCUUAUACUCCUUUCACCGGGGACAACGUGGACCAAGCUAAGACCGUGCGAAAAACCACGGUGCUUGACGUGAUGCGCCGCUUGCUCCAACCGAAGAAUCGAAUGGUAUCCAUCACCCCCUCCAAAUCCUCUUGCUACAUUUCCAUCCUCAACAUUAUCCAAGGCGAGGCCGACCCAACCGACGUCCACAAAUCCCUUCUGCGCAUUCGAGAGCGGCGAAUGGCAAAUUUCAUACCCUGGGGUCCAGCCUCGAUCCAGGUGGCUUUGACCAAGAAAUCUCCAUACCUACCAAACACGCAUCGAGUUUCAGGUCUCAUGCUAGCAAACCACACCAGCGUGGCUACCCUCUUCCGGAGAAUAGUGGUGCAGUACGAAAAAAUGCGGAAACGAAAUGCCUACUUGGAGCAAUAUAAAAAGGAAGCGCCAUUUGCUGAAGGACUCGCCGAAUUCGAUGAAGCGAAGGAGGUCGUGAUGGGCCUGAUUGGUGAAUAUGAGGCGGCAGAGAAGGACGAUUACCUUGAUCCAGACGCUGGAGAAAAGAAAGUUGAAGGAGCUUAA